AUGGCGAAUUGUUUUUGCAAAUUUAUAUUAAAUACUUUUUGUAAGAAAAAAAAUAGCCAUAAACCUUCUUAUACUGAAAAAAUUUCCGAAAAACUUUUAGAUGAUUCACAAGAGAUAUUCAAUGAUUAUAAAGCAGCAACAGCAUUUAUACCAACAAUACUUAGAGCUAUUGAUGAGGUGUUAUACGGGGAUAGGAAAGAACCACCACUACGGCAUGACUCGGUGAUUUCUCAAGGUCGAUCAGAGCUUAACUUUUUACUAGAUGAAAAAAAGAAAUUAUUGCCAAUCGUGCCAGCCGAAAUCAUGAGAGUUAUAUUUAAACACGUUAAUGAAGAAUCAAGACAAGAUCUUAUCUCAUGUCUUUUGGUGGAUAAAUUUUGGUGUAGUAACGUGUUACCUCUUUUAUGGAACCGACCAUUUGAUAUUGUAUCUCGUGACAACCGACAUAAACUUAUCAGGACCUAUAUUUCUUGUCUCGAAGAAGAUGAAAGACGUAAUUUAAGUCUUAAAUUGAAAACAUUUAGGAUUAAAAUUCCUUUCACGGCGAAAGCGUUGUUCAAAUAUGAAACAUACUUGAAAGAGUUUUCAUAUAAUAAUUUAUACUUAUCAGCCGAUGCUGGUAUAAGGAAAUCUCUUGGUCAAGACUGUAUAGGUCAAAGCAUGCAUGUACAAACGUUAUUAAUAGUUGGAUCACUUUGCCAGUUGAUUAUGCGAAACAGUACAAACAUGACAUAUCUUGUGAUUUCUAAAUUUAUUGGUAAAGCAGACCUUCCUGAGAAAACAGCAUUUAUAAAUUCACGUCGUAGUUUAUCAAAUCUUUCAAAAUUUCAAUUCGAAAUUUCAUCAAAAAUAACAACAAAUGGCAUGUCAUUUCUACAAACUAUUUCAAAUUCAUGUUUGGGAAUUCGACACCUGGAUAUAAAGCUCUCAUAUAUUAAUUUAAAUGAUGAAAUUAAAGUAAUGGAAAUGUUUUCAAGAAUCAUUAUUUCUCAGGGAAAGUUAAACGAGCUUUUAUUGUCAGGAGCGAGAGCAGCAAAUGGGCUAAAAAUGAUUUUGCAAGCUUUAUCUCAAAGUGAAUCAUUACAUUCUUUAGAAUUUAAAUUAAUAGACUUCUCAGAAGUCGAUUUAUCACCGUUAAAAAACUGUAAAUCUUUAAAACAUUUAACGGUUCAAUAUUGUCAAGGAUUAACAACGGAAUCUACAGCAUCAUUAUUACAAGCACAAUUUUCAUUGGAAUCAUUAAAGUUUGGAUGUCCGCCAGUAUCAUAUUCAACACAAUUAGCACUUUUGACAAUAUUUGGUAAAUCGAUAAAGAGAUUAACAAUAGAUUUAUUAAAUCAAGAAACAAUUUUCACAAUUUUAAAUAGUUGCCAAGAGAUCAGACAUUUAAACCUAGAAAAUUGUUUCAUGCAAAAACCAAUUAAAAUUGGAAAACUCUUGCACGGAUUGAUAAAACUUGAAAAGUUAAAAAUAUUUAUAAAUGUAAAAAGUGGAGAAUAUGAAAAUCUGAUAUUGGAAUCAAAAGAUAUACCAAGUUCAUUGGAUUGUUUAGUUUUAGAGUGCGGGUUCACUACUAUUCAAUUAGAUGAAUUAUUAAAAAAUUGUAAACUAAAUAGUUUAUAUAUUAAUUAUUUGAAUUUUGAGUCAUCACAUUUUAGAGUUAUUGCAGAAUAUGCGAAAAGGACAAAGGAGUUGAAGAUUUUAGGGAUUGAAAGUAAUAAAAGAUGGAUGGAUGGAGAACAGGAGGCGUGGGAGUUGAAAAGAUUAAGAGACAAUUAUGGAAUUUUUUGUUACAUAAAAUGA